GCCGCCGGUACCGCCCUUUUUCCCCGCCCAAGCCCAAGUUUUGCUGCUUGCCGCGUGUGAAUAGUGCCUCUGGAUCUUUCUCCACACUUCUCGCCUGAGGCCGGGCGCGAGUUGUCACCUGGUGCCAGACAGCUCGUUUGGGAGCGAGCUUCAGGUCAACGUAUCAAUGCCUCAGACGGAUAAGCAAAUAUGCAUUCCCCCGGAGCUGCCAGAAUUGCUGAAGCAAUUUACCAAAGCUGCCAUUCAGACCCAGCCACAGGAUCUUAUCCAGUGGGCUGCCGAUUAUUUUGGGGCUAUGUCCCGCGGAGAGAUUCCUCCAGAGAGAGAGCAGUCUGAGUCCGGGGCUUCGUCUAACUGGGCGGAGCUUACACCUGACCUGUUGAAGAUCCUGCAUUCUAGGGUUGGUGGCAGACUGAUUAUCCAUGUCAAUGAGCUGGCCCAGAUGUGGAAGGUGCUGAGUCUCCCAACAGAUCUGUUUAACAGUGUGAUGAAUGUGGGCCGCUUCACGGAGGACAUUGAGUGGCUGAAGUUUUUAGCCCUUCUUUGCAGCUCUCUCGGUGUAACCAUUUCCAAAACUCUCCAGAUAGUGUGUGAAGUUUUAUCAUCUGACCAAGGUGGUGGACCUCCCAGGAUCCCUUUUAGCACCUUCCGGUUUCUCUACGCAUAUGUUGCCCAAGUGGACGGGGAGAUCUCUGCAUCUCAAGUCAGCCGAAUGCUGAGCUACAUUGAACAGGAAAUAAUUGGUCCUGAUGGUUUAAUCAAGGUGAGUGACUUUACCCAAAACCCCAUGAUUCGACUGGAGUAAAAGCACAAUUCUGGCAAUUUUAAAGGAAGAUACAGAGAUGAUUGUGCCUCAGAAUGACUGGACCCCAUACACCAUCCAAUGUCCACUUUCUUGUACAACUGGUACACACUAAUAAACAACUAGGCAAACA